CUUGGUACUCUAGUCACAUGGUGGAGUUGAAGAUGGCGGCGGCCCAGGCUGUGGAGGAAAUGCGGAGCCGCGUGGUUCUAGGGGAGUUUGGGGUUCGCAAUGUUCAUACUACCGAUUUUCCCGGUAACUAUUCGGGCUAUGAUGAUGCCUGGGACCAGGACCGCUUCGAGAAGAAUUUCCGUGUGGAUGUGGUACACAUGGAUGAAAACUCUCUGGAGUUCGACAUGGUGGGAAUCGACGCAGCCAUUGCCAAUGCUUUUCGCCGCAUCCUCUUAGCUGAGGUAUUUAUUGGUGGGCACGGGGGCAAGUGUGGAGCUGUGGGGAAGCCAUGCCAUCACCUCACUUACAGAAUCGUCUCCAGUGCGAUCUUUCCUGCAGUUUCAUUGAGCCUUCCUCCUGCUGUCUGUAAACUUUUCAUCGUGCCUUUUUCUGGGAAAAGGUCUCUCAUCUCCCUGUGUCAGGAGGUGGGGAGCAGAUGGGGAGGCUCUGGGGUCUUUGUGGAUGAUUGUUUUCUUGGGCAGGUGCCAACCAUGGCUGUGGAGAAGGUCCUGGUGUACAACAACACGUCCAUUGUCCAGGAUGAGAUCCUCGCUCACCGCUUGGGACUCAUCCCCAUUCAUGCUGAUCCCCGUCUUUUUGAGUAUCGGAACCCGGGGGAUGAAGAAGGCACAGAAAUAGAUACCCUGCAGUUUCGGCUGCAGGUCAGGUGCACUCGGAACCCCAGUGCUGCAAAAGAUUCCUCUGACCCCAAUGAGCUCUAUGUCAACCACAAAGUGUAUACCAGGCACAUGACUUGGGUGCCCCUGGGGAACCAGGCUGAUCUCUUCCCGGAGGGCACCAUCCGCCCCGUGCACGACGACAUCCUCAUUGCUCAGCUGCGGCCUGGCCAGGAGAUUGACCUGCUCAUGCAGUGUGUCAAGGGCAUUGGGAAAGAUCAUGCCAAGUUUUCACCUGUGGCAACAGCCAGCUACAGGCUUCUGCCAGACAUCACCCUGCUUGAGCCUGUGGAAGGGGACGCAGCCGAGGAGCUGAGCCAGUGCUUCUCACCUGGUGUCAUCGAGGUGCAGGAAAUCCAAGGUAAAAAGGUGGCCAGAGUUGCCAAUCCCCGGCUGGAUACCUUCAGCAGGGAAGUCUUCCGGAAUGACAAGCUGAAGAAGGUCGUGCGGCUCGCUCGCGUUCGGGACCAUUAUAUCUUCUCUGUUGAGUCAACAGGGGUGUUGCCGCCAGAUGUGCUGGUGAGCGAAGCCAUCAAGGUACUGAUGGGGAAGUGCCGGCGGUUCCUGGAUGAAUUGGAUGCAGUUCAGAUGGAUUGAGGCUUGCACUGGACACGGCGUGGCUGGGAGCAGAUGCUCCGAGGCAAGCUGAAGACUAGCAUUUGACAUGCCCUUGCGGACUGCUGUAGGGAGCCCAGUGAGACUACGGGUCUUGAGUUUCCUGGGGACAAUCCCAGCUUUAUUUUCAGUCAAUACAUUUUGUUAACUGUGCCACAAAAUGUGACUUUUAUGCCUUUGUGAGGCUUUAAUGUAAAUAAACUUAUAUCCAAAGAAACCUUC